AUGUCAGAAUUUCUGAAAACUCAAAUCGUAAAACCCAAGAGGCUAUCGUGUGUUAUUGCCUAUUUGGAAAGGCACUUAUUCAAAGACGCAUCGGAAAAGCAAGUUGAUUCAAAUACUGUUGGUAGAAUUUUAAAUAAAGAAGUAAAAUCACAGUUACCCACAGACACUUCUGAUAGCCUUUUAC